AUGGCUUCAGCGCAAACCACCGAAACCGAAUUAAUCCGCUAUCCCCAACCUGUUGCUACAGGUGUCGAACGGCCCGCAGACGAACUACCCACAUACGAACAAGUCACCCAGGAGCUCGAAGGAGGCUUCUCCCUGCCACCUACUGACGGCGGGAAGCAUGCCUGGCUAUUGCUCUUCGCUUGUUUCAUGCUCGAGGGCAUGAUCUGGGGAUUCGGCUCAUCAUAUGGCGUCUUUCAGGAAUACUACAGCACGCAUGAGCCCUUUGCCGGAUCAAGCAAUAUUGCCGUUGUGGGCGCCUGCGCGAUGGGUAUCAUGUACAUGUGGAUCAUCCCCAUGUUUGUGCUUCUUAAGCUCUAUCCAAGACUACGCAUAUGGGCAGCCCCAGUCGGUCUAACUAUCAUGUGCCUAUCUCUCGGCUUGGGAUCUCUCGCGACCAAUGUUACGCAUUUGAUCAUGAGCCAAGGCAUCAUGUAUGCAAUUGGUGGUGGCCUCGCCUGGACGCCUAUCCUAUUCUACAUCGAAGAAUGGUGGGUUCUCCGCCGCGGCUUUGCUUACGGCGCAACCAUGGCCGGUCUUGGUUUGUCAGGGGCGGUUUUACCCAUUGUCCUUCAGUGGCUGUUAGACAGCUAUGGGUUCAGGACUACGCUACGUGUGUGCGCAUUGUCCGUCGUUGCUCUGAACCUUCCUAUCUUAUUCUUCUUCAAGCCCCGGCUACCAAUAUCCCAAACAACGCAGUCGCGAAGUUUUGACAUGACCUUCUGGAAAACUUCGAGUUUCCUCAUCUUCCAGUCAGGCAGCAUACUUCAGGGCUUAGGGUACUUCCUCCCGACUAUCUACCUGCCCACCUUCGCAAGGUCACUAGGCGCCUCAAGUAACCAAAGUACCGCCACUAUAAUUCUACUGAAUGGUGCUGCAUGUAUAGGAUCUUUCUGCAUGGGCGCGGCGGUUGAUAGAUUCGCAGUCGUCAACUGUAUUGGACUCACAGCCCUCGGCUCUACCCUUACCGUAUUCUUACUAUGGGGGUUCUCGACUUCUCUCGCCCCUCUCUACGCUUUCUGCCUGCUUUACGGAGCGUUUGCAGGUAGCAAUUCCAGCAGCUGGAGCGCCAUCAUGCGAGAUACGAAGGAGAAGCGCAAUGGAGCUGACACAGGUAUGAUAUUUGCCUGCCUAUCGGCCGGGAAGGGCGUUGCGAACUUAUGUAGCGGACCGUUAUCUGAAGCGUUACUGCACGCGGACUCGUGGAGAGCCGGAUUCGCAUAUGGCAGUGGAUUCGGGGCGCUCAUCGCUUUUACCGGCGCAACUGCACUGCUCUCCGGAUGGAGCUACGCUGCUAAGAAGAUCGGCUGGUUUUGA